ACAACUAAUGAAUAACCAAGCCUAUCUUGUUAACCCUCCCCCUCUGUUUAUUUGGUAAAUUACUCUCCCUCCUCUUGGCGAACUCCUCCCCAUCUCCCCGCAUCUAUUUAUCUUCCCUCCUCUAUCUCUACAAUCUUUAUUAAUUUUAGCUCUCCCCCCCAUACCACCCCCACCCCCUCCCCCUAAAGAGACUACCCCAAUGGCCAAGGUGGUGGAGGAGGAAGCCCAUGCCAUCCCGAGAGUGGUCUCAAUCGUCUCCUCUCUCCUCCAGAGGGUGGCGGAGCGGAACGACGCCAGCCAGCGGCGUCCAGCCCUCCACGACCGGGCCUCGGCCUUCCACGGCCUCUCGAAGCCCGCCAUCUCGGUGCGCAGCUACCUCGAGCGCAUCUUCCGCUACGCCAACUGCAGCCCUGCAUGCUACGUCGUCGCCUACAUCUACCUCGACCGCUUCACGCUCCGCCACCCCUCCGUCUCCAUCGACUCCCUCAACGUCCACCGCUUCAUCAUCACCUCCGUCCUCACCGCCGUCAAGUUCAUGGACGACAUAUAUUACAACAAUGCAUAUUUUGCGAAGGUGGGAGGGAUAACCCUGAUGGAGAUGAACUAUCUGGAAGUGGAUUUCUUGUUUGGCAUGGGCUUCGAGCUGAAUGUAAGCCCUGACAUCUUCCAUUCCUACUGCUCUGUUCUUCAGAGGGAGAUGUAUCUGUUGGAGUCACCCCCUGCUCCCCCAAGGUUGCACUGCUGCUUGACAGAGGAAGAGUCCAGCAGAAGCAGCUGGCUGUCUGAGAGGUGCCUUGGUACAUAGAUGAGUAGAGAAGGAUAAUUAAUUUAGAUGGACAGACUGAUACCAUUUUGUUUAGUUUCUGUCUUCUUGGAUUCCAACCCCUGGACAUGUGAACUAUAACCUGUUCCCACUUAUCCUACCUUUUGGUUUCUCUUUGAUCAGGGGGUUUGUAGUUUUCCUGUGAGUGGUGUGUACAGACCUGCAGUCCUUGUUCUCAGAGCAUGGACGUGGUUCAAUCUCAUAAUUGAGAUCUUCAAUUCGUGUCUUCUGCAUUUGGUUCACAUGGUCGAUGGUUAUGGUGAUCUGAAUUUUAUGGCUGCAGGGCCUCAAAGUGAUUCGAUUGGUGAAUGGUAAUUGAUGUGGUAUCAUUUAGAUAUCUUGGUAAUUGAUUAAUAAGCCGACCUCGGAUUGAUGGGAUGCA